CCUCUGCUCCCCCUCCCUCCACCUGCCCCAUCCACCCACCACCAACCAGCCCACUGGAGCCCAGCUCAGGCAGAGGAAAGACCAAGCCUGGAGACAUGGGAGUUCGAGGAGCAUUCCAUCUACUACUCGUGUGCCUGAGCCCAGCACUGCUGUCUGCUGUAAGGAUCAACGGGGAUGGCCAGGAGGUCAUGUACCUGGCGGAAGGUGACAAUGUGAGGCUCGGCUGCCCCUACAUCCUGGAUCCUGAGGACUAUGGUCCCAAUGGUCUGGACAUUGAGUGGAUGCAAGUCAACUCGGAACCCUCACAUAGGGAGAAUGUGUUUCUCACGUAUCAAGACAAGAGGAUCGGCCAUGGUAACCUCCCCCAUCUGCAGCAGAGGGUACGCUUUGCAGCCUCAGACCCCAGCCAGUACGAUGCCUCCAUCAACCUCAUGAACCUGCAGGUAUCUGACACAGCAACCUAUGAAUGUCGGGUAAAGAAGACCACCAUGGCCACCAGGAAGGUCAUAGUCACUGUCCAAGCACGUCCUGCGGUACCCAUGUGCUGGACUGAAGGCCACAUGUCCAAGGGCAACGAUGUAGUACUGAAGUGCUAUGCCAAUGGGGGCUCUCAGCCCCUCUCCUACAAGUGGGCCAAGAUCAGUGGGCACAGCCACCCCUACCGAGCCGGGUCCUACCACUCCCAGCACAGCUUCCACUCCGAGCUUUCCUAUCAAGAGUCUUUCCACAGCUCCAUCAACCAAGGCAUGGGCAAUGGGGACCUGGUGCUGAAAAGUGUCAAUGCGGAUGAUGAUGGGCUGUAUCAGUGCACAGUGGCCAACCAUGUGGGCUACAGCGUCUGUGUGGUGGAAGUGAAAGUCUCAGACUCCCAGCGUGUAGGCAUGAUCGUCGGCGCGGUGCUGGGCUCUUUGCUCAUGCUGGCCUGCCUGGCACUAGGCAUCUGGGGGCUCAUCUGCUGCUGCUGCGGAGGCGGCGGGGCUGGUGGUGCCCGAGGUGCCUUCGGCUACGGGGUCGGCGGCGGGGUCGGCGGCGGGGCCUGCGGCGACAUGGCUAGUGAGAUCAGAGUGGACGCCGAGGCGCCCGGGUGCAAGGCCAGCGGGCGCGGCAGCCGCGUCACCCAUCUCCUGGGGUACCCGACGCAGAACGUCAGCCGCUCCCUGCGCCGCAAGUACGCGCCUCCGCCCUGCGGCGGCCCCGAGGACGUGGCCCUAGUGCCCCGCACAGCCUCUGCAGCCUGCGAAGCGGGCCCUUCCCCCGUCUACGUCAAGGUCAAGAGCGCAGAGCCGGCCGGCUGCGCCGACUGUGCCCAGGUCGAGCAGCGGUCGUGCAAGGACGGCCUCUUAGUGUGAGCGCGCGGCACCGGGCUGCGCCCCGGCUGGCAGGCGGUUCGGGGCUCUCCGCCCGCAGCUGGGGACAGGCUCGGGCAGGCGCAGACCUGGCUCUCACCGGCCGCUUGGUGGCAGAGAGUUCAGGGGAAUUUCCCUCAGAGAUGCCUGGGGGACAGAGAGCCUCCUGUGGCUCUGAACUAGGAGGGGGCGGGGGACAGAGGAAGACAGUUCAGAGCCCUCCCUCACCCCUGGGCUCCAGGGAGAGGAAGGGAGGGAAGCAGUCGGUAUCCCAGAACCGCAGAGGUACAAGCCAGGUGUCCCCAGCCACGGCAGAGGGCCCCCAGCCCUGGGAAGGUGGGGGUCAGGACUGGAUUGUUCUGUGUGUGAGAUCUGAGCUCCGAGGCAACAGUGUUAGCACAAUAAAGAAGCUUAAAG